AUGAAGAUUAAAAUAUAUCAAGUCGAUGCUUUUACUGAUCAGCUGUUUGGCGGUAAUCCGGCAGCGAUAUGUCCAUUAGAUAAAUGGUUACCCGAUUCAUUGAUGCAAAAAAUUGCUGCCGAAAAUAAUCUUGCUGAAACGGCAUUUUUUGUACCGAAUUCCAACAAUAGUAAAUAUGAAGUUCGUUGGUUUACGCCUGAACUAGAAGUGGACCUUUGUGGUCAUGCGACACUGGCAACUGCACAUAUCAUUUUUACAGAAAUGUCUCCUUUGAAGGAAGAAAUCAUCUUUCAGACUAUGCAAGCGGGUGAGUUGACAGUUACCCGUCGAAAAGAAGAUGGUUUAUAUACUAUCAAUUUUCCAGCUCGUCCGAUAGCAAAAAGCCGAUUUGCCUGA